ACAAAUCUUAACGGAUCAUACCCAUGGGUCAUUUCGGGUUUUUUCUCUCUUCAGUCACAACCCGCGCUCUAUAACUUAAAAAGCUAUAUAAACUCAGUACGUUCAAAUAAACCUUCAUUUCAUUCUUCAUUUUGCUUCUGCAUUUCAGAAUUGCUCAUUUUCUCUCCAGUUAAGCAUCAGUUUCACUCGUUCAAACAAAAAACCACAAUUUCAAGGAGUCAAUUACAAGAAGCACCUACUGUCAAGAUGGCAGAAUCACAGAGGGGAACAUCUGCAUCUUCUGUUGAUCCCAAAAAGAAAAAAUCAUCUCUAGAUGAUGAAUUUGGAACUGAAUUCCUCAGCUCCUGGAAAACAGGAGACGACAUGAUGGAUUUUAAUUUUGAUUCAGUUUCAAGUGGCAAGAAGAAGGCAUUCAACUUUGGUAAAUUGGAUAUGGACUUUAAUCUAGAUGGUGAUUUUGACAAGUUAACAUCCUUCAAAGUGGACAUGCCUGACCUUGAUUUCUCAUCUCCACCCAAAAACGCUGCACAACCCAAGGAAAACUUGAAAGGAGAUUCUUCAGAUGGAAAUCGUCAAGGAAAACAAGACAGCUUUAACUUCUCUUUUGAUUUUAAUGAGUUGGAUGAUUUCAACUUCGGUUCAACCUUGGGUAAAGGAGAGAAAAGGUCUGUGAAGAACCUGGAUAAUAAAAGGGUGGGUUCAGACAGCACUGAACAUAAGGGUUCAAAAGUUAACCCACCCGGCACUGAUGAUGGGAAACUGCAGGGAUCAAAAGUUAGUUUGGUUGAUGGGAAACUGCAGGCCUCAAAAGUUAGUUUGGUUGUGGCUGAUACAGACCAAACUGAGAACCUUCUAACAUCAGAUGAUAUAAUUACUUCAGUUGCUGAGAUUGCUAUAAAUGGUGCAGGGACUAGAAUUUCUUCAAAAGACAGUUUUCCUUCAGUAUCUGGAAAUGUUGGAGUCCAGGUUGUGUCGCAUGGAGAAAAUUCUUUGCCAGAUAAAUCAAUUUUUCUCAGUGCAGAAGAAACAGAUCACCAGUGUAAUUCCCUGGAGAUGACCAUGCCAACAGUGCCACGUCCUCAACAGGCUUUGCAAAAUUUACCUGUUCAAGCUGUUGAUGCGAAUGAAUUAUCUCAAGACAGUGAAUCAGAUAUUCUAGCUGAUUCUCAGAUUUCAAAAGCAACUUUAGAACCCACAAUAGAAAUUGAUGCUUCAGACAGAAUUAUAGCUGGUGAGUCUCAUGAUGAGAAGUCACAGUUGAAGGAUUUGGCUGCAUCAUGCACCAAUAGAUCUGAGAGCUUUGGCGGUGAAAAUGAAAAAAUAAAUAGUGAAAUUCCAGCUGAGAAUAUAGACACUGACUCAGAUAUUCAAGCCGGUUCACAGGUUUCAAAAGCAACUUUAGCACCCAGACCAGACGUUGAUGCUUCAGACAGAAUUAUAGCUGGUGAGUCUCAUGAUGAGAAGUCACAGUUGAAGGAUUUGGCUGCAUUAUGCACCAAUAGAUCUGAGAGCAAUGGGGGUGAGAAUGAAAAGAUAAAUAGUGAAACUUCUGCUAAGAAUAUAGCACGAACUGAGCCAGUCUCAGAUGACUCAGAUCUUGAAGCUACAUCUGCUGCAAGUAUCUUACCAGAAGGACCACAUAAGUUCAAGGUUGAUAAGGAUAUCCAGAAAUCAACUUCAAAACUUUUAGUCCCAUUGAGAAGUGAAUAUGUUGCACCUACAGGCAAUAAAGUGAUGCCGACAAAGGAAAAACAUUCAGAACUUGCCCGGUCAAAGUAUUUCAAGAGUUCUAAGGAAAGUGAACUCCAACUAUGUCAGCCAUCUUCAGCUGGUCUGAAGAUUUCCUUUUCUGGGAGCAAAGGAAUUUCUUCCCUGUCUCCUUUAAAUGAGAAAAGGGAGAGCUUCAAUGAUAAAAGUGUGCAAAUUCAGAGAAAAUUGACCGAACAGUUGACAAAAGAAGAGCCUGCUUUGCCUGGAAGUCAAAAGAAAGUUACAACUCUGUGUAGUGCAUAUGGUGCACCUGCAGUCGAUAAAGUGAUGCCAAUAAAGGAAAAACAUCCCGAACUUGUUCGGUCAAACUCUUUAAAGAGUUGUAAGGAAAGUGAACCCCAAGUAUGCCAGCCAUCUUUAGCUGGUCUGAAGAUUUCCUCAUCUGGGAGCAAAGGACUUUCAUCCUUGUCUCCUUCAAAUGAGAAAAGGGAGGGCUUCAAUGUUAAAAGUGUGCAAACUCAGAGAAAAUUGACUGAAAAGUUGACAAAAGAAGAGUCUGCUUUGCCUGGAAGUGAAAAGAAAGUUAAAACUCUGUGUCAUGUCAGUGGCAAGGUCAAUUCUGCAAGCACAACUUAUAAUGCAACUAAGUCUAACACCAAGACAAAUAUUAAUCCAACAGCUGUGGUUUCAAGCAUGGGAUCAAGUUGGAACUCAAGGAUGACUUCUGUUGAAGCUCUUAAAGCUCGGAAGAGUAUACCUGAUAUUUCUAGUUUGAAGAUUUCCAGAACUACGGGAGUGAGCAAAGAUCAGUCAGAUGCUGCACUAAAAAAUGAAACGAGCUCCUUGAGAAACACAGAGAAAACUGUGGAAUUACAAGGAGUUGCAGCAUUCAAGAUGGUUCAUAAUACUGUUAAUGCUGAGAGAAAAACUUUGCUAAUCCCAUCUUUGAAGCGAAAAACACUUGAGGUGUCAAAUGAUGAUAUGGUGCAACUGAAUCCACAGAAACGUGUUUCUCAGUCACCAAGCGGAAACCUGAAGCGACCUCUGGAAAACACAGUUGAAGAAGAGCCAAAGAGUGUUAUUACAAGUGUUCUCCAUAACCAUCCUACCAUUGGACUUGAACUGCCUCAGCAUAUCAGUACAAAAGAGCAAGACGUUUAUUUCGAUGUGGAAUAUAAUGAAAAUGUUAAAAAGGCUGAAGCUUAUGCGAAAGAGCUCGAUGAUCUUUGCAGCAUGCUGAAGAAGAAAAACGAGGAAGCCAAAGAAUUACUUGUUCGAGCUGUUGUGAAUAACAACAGAUUGCUUAUGCUUAACCAUCCCAUGUUCGACGAGAAGAUAUCCUUUCACGCGUUAUUGCAGAUAUUAUCUGUCUUCUUUAUAUCUUUAAUUUUAACAUAAAUUUGUAAUGUUGUUCCUUCACAACGGAAAACAUUGAUUUGGCUCAGAAAUUUGCUGAGAAGUUGAUGAUCAAUUGUCCUUAGAUUCAAACAAUGGGAACAGUAAAAGGUAAUUUUCAGGUAUGCAACUUAGCUAUUAUUACGCCAAAUGUGAUGUUGAGAUGAUUAACUUCGAAGAAACUGUUACAUAUUCUGUUAGCAUCUUUACUGCGCGAAGCCUAAUGCCUGAGAUUAUCCUACAUUAAUCAUAUAGUCUUCUGUUAGUCGGAUUUUCCCGUAAUAUUAAUUUUAUGACACAGACAUCAUAAUACUGUCAUAUCUUAUUA